AUGUCUAAUCAAACAUUUCUUGUUGGUUCUGGUAGUAAAACUAUCAGUGCAUGUCGUUUAACAGCUGAUGGGCAAAUACAACUACUUCAGGAAAAUAAAAGUGGCAAUGGACCAUCAUGGCUUCAUGCACAAAAUGAUAUUCUUUAUGCAGUUAAUGAACCUGAUAAUAAAAUAGAAGUAUUUACAAUUGAUGAUCGUAUUCAAGGAAAAUUAACAUCGAAAAAUACUGUUUCAUCACAAGGAUGUACACCUGCUUCACUCGAUAUCGAUUCAACUGGUAAAUGGCUUGCUGUAGCUAAUUAUGGUGGAAAUGGUACAUCUAAUUUCGCAUUAUUACCUAUAGAUAAAUCUAAUUUUUCAAAAGAUAAAGAUCCACAAGUAACAAUAAUUGAUGGACAUGGUCCAAAUCGUAAACGUCAAGAACAUUCACAUUGUCAUCAAGUACAAUUUCAUCAAAACUAUCUAUAUGUUGUUGAUCUUGGUACAGAUACAAUAAAUGUAUACCAUUAUAAUGAUACUAAUGGUGAAGUUCGUUUAAAUCAUCAAAUUAAAACAGCACCAGGUGCUGGGCCACGUCAUUUACUUUUUCAUCCAGAUAAACCAUUGGCAUUUGUAUGUAAUGAAUUAAAUUCAACAACAUGUGUCUAUCGAACAGAUGCAACAAAUGGAAAAUUAGAACUUCAACAAAUAAUAACAACACGACGUAAAGAAGAUGAACAAAAUUCAAAUAAAGAAAAUACACCAGCAGAAUUACAUUUUACACCAGAUAAAAAAUAUUUACUUGUCUCAAAUCGUGGUGAUGAAAAUAUUGUUAUUUAUAAUUUAAAUGAAAAUCAUGAUGAAAUUUUAAGUAUAAAAGAACAUCUUAAUAUCCAAGGUUCAGGUCCACGAUAUUUUACAUUUGAUCCAACUGGUAAAUUUCUACUUAUCGCAAAUCAAGAUUCAAAUAAUUUAACAUGUUUUUCAUAUAGUAAAGAUAAACAUACAUUUGAAUUUAUUUCACAAUUGGUUAAUAUUGAAUCUCCUCAACAUCUUCUUUUUAUUUCUUAA